AUGACAGCGCCAACCCUCACAGUGUUAGAUCUCACACAAGGUCACGCAUUCCAAACGCCCAAGAAAUGCAUCAACGACGGCGAUGAUGUCACAUACUUCCUGUCAUCCAAAGCCUACGCCGACAUCAUGACCUUCAUAUUCCAGUUGAACACGGCGAUGAUCCCUCGCAAGAUCACAAAAAAAGAGUCAGGAACAGCAUCAGUCAAAGAAUGGUCGCUGGACGAUGCAACAGUGCCGCAUUCCCCCGUGGUGCAGAGCCUCGCCAAGCUGCUCGAAGCACUGACUUCCAUCAUCGACGAGGCGCCGCCUGACGCCGGACCCCGAAGAUUCGGAAACGUCAGUUUUAGAACGUGGUACGACAUCGUGCGUGAACGUGCAUCAGACCUGCUCGAAACUCACCUCCCAAAGGAGGUCUUGGCGCACAAAACCACUUUGGCCAAUUCGGCAAAAAGCGAACUGGAAAUGUACUUUAUCGGAAGCUUCGGCAGCUCGCAGCGCCUUGACUACGGUACGGGGCAUGAGCUCUCUUUCCUCGCGUUCUUGGGAUGUCUGUGGAAACUGGGCGCAUUCUCAGCUUCUUCAGAUGGCGACCAGGAGCGCGGGAUCGUGCUUGGCGUCGUGGAGCCGUAUCUGGUGCUCAUUCGGCGGCUGAUUCUGACAUACACGCUCGAACCUGCUGGAAGCCAUGGUGUGUGGGGUCUUGAUGACCAUUCGUUUCUGUCGUAUAUCUUUGGCAGCGCGCAAUUCUCACCGCCUAUCGAAACGCCCGCGGAUAUGGCAACCGAGGGCUCGCUGAGGAGUGCGCCGAGUCCAGGAGAUGUAGCAAAGGCUGCUGCUGUGCAGAGGGAGAGGGGGAGAAACAUGUAUUUUAGCGCUGUUGGCUUCAUCUACGAUGUCAAGAAGGGGCCGUUCUGGGAGCACAGUCCGAUCCUGUAUGAUGUUUCUGGUGUGAAGGCCGGAUGGGCAAAGAUCAACAAGGGCAUGAUAAAGAUGUACAACGCCGAAGUCCUCUCCAAAUUCCCCGUGGUCCAGCACUUCCCCUUCGGCUCCCUCUUCAGCUGGACCGCCGACCCCAAUGCGCCAAAGAUCCAAGCCAGUGUGCACACCUCGGCGCAGCCCAAGGCCGUCACACCAUUGAACUCGGCCACUACGGCACGGCAAACAGGGCCACAGCCUGCGAUGCGAGAUCCUCGGGCAGAACAGAGUAUGGGCGCACCUCCAAGGACCUCGCAUCCACCUCCCAGGGACCCUCUUGCUGCUGGUAACAUGUCAAUGACGGCAGCGACAUGGGCGAAAGCUUCCGGGCCACAUGUACUUGCGGGCCCGAAUCAGCCUACGCGCGCACCCCGGGUGUCGAGCACAAGAGCACCGCCGCCUCCGCCAGGAGCAAGAGCAGCACGACUUCCGCCGCCAGGAGCAGGCACAGCAGUACAUGGGCCUCGAUUACAAGUCCCGCAGCCCACUCCGGGAGCAAGCUCAACCCGCUUGUCUCCUUCCGGUUCAAGCACUGUGGCAAGAGGUACAGGGGAUGCAAGCGCGUCCGGCGGAAGGGAAUAA